AUGGCAGCAAACAACAGACAAGUCUUGGCUAUGAUAAUUGUUCUGGCCGUCCUGACCGAGCUCUGUGACAGCAUCACCCGGUACCAGUUCAAGCAGUACACAUACAGGAAGAAGCGAGAUGACAAACGCUACAAGAUGGCUCAUCAGCGAUGUGAGAUGGAGGCACAUUGUCACGGGCUGUGGGGCAUCGCCUACACAACGUGUUUACGAAAGUGUAUGUCAGAGUUUUGUUACAGUGAACUCUAUGGAGAAGAUGAGUUGGAGGAAGGGGAGAUUGAUGUGAGAUUGAACUCUUUUAAAGGGUGUUUAAGUCAGGUGAAAAUGGAGGAAUAUUUCUAA